AUGUUCCUAACUGGAAAGAAGAAUAUUCUCGGCUCACCAAAGGCUACCACUAACACACCUCCACUAUCAUCAGCAACAAAACCAGAAUUACCAGACUUUCAAUUGGAUGACAUAUUUACAGUGGAAGAAUAUGAUGCCUUCUAUUAUAUAACUUCAAGAAAGUUGUUCGGUUCAUCACCAUCAUCAUCAUCAACGGGUUCUUUGAACGGUGAACAACAAUUUAGAGAGGAAAAAGUGGAUCUUUCAUUGAGUUUUAUUAGGAAUGUUGAUUUGGAUAUUUUGAUUGCAUACAGAGAGGCUUGUUCUUCAUCAUCUACAAUGAGAAAGGAAUUGGAGGAUGCUAUGGAAAUGCUUUUUAUAUUGAACGAGAAGAUGACAUACUUGAAAUCCCUUUCAGAGAAGGCAGAACAGGCCAGAGAAACAAGAGCUUUGGAAAUUGGGAAGAGAAAUUUAAUUCAAACAAUAAUGAUAUUGAAGAGAUUGAAUUCAUUCACUACCAUUAUUGAAAAGAUGAAAAUUCAAGCAUCAAAGAAACAAUACAAACAAGUGACAGAGUUUUUGAUUGUUUCUAACGAGCUGAAACAAUCCCUUGAAGAAUUCAAGACUGUUCCAAAAGCUCAGUUAAUUUUCAAGAGAUUUGAUAAUUUUAGACAAUCACUUCAAGGAAUAUUGUUGAAGGAUUGUAAAGAGCUGGGAUCAAAGAAGGAUGAAAAUUUACAAGGUAUCCUCUCAGAAAUGUGUCCAAUCGUUGAUGCUUUGGAGGAUGAUGUUGUAAGAAUAGAGUUGGUUUCUAAAUUUGCUGCCUUACAACUCUCUACCUAUGAAUCUCAAUUUAAAGACAGGAAAUUGGAAAGCAUUGAUGAUCGAUUCAAAUUUAUCAAACAAUUGCUCAAGAAUUUCGAGGAAGAGUACGAUCAUAUUUUCCCACAUGAUUGGUGUGUUCCACAAGAACUUGUAGUAGAGUUUAGUUUAAAGACCCGAGAAUCCAUUCUUUUAUGGUUGAAGAAGGACAGUUCAAUAAGUGGUAAACUACUAUAUCUAGCCAUUCUCUCAACAAUGAAAUUUGAAAGAAACAUGCAGUCUCGAUUCUAUCCAGAAAAGUCACCAGUACAACCAGCUGCUCAUAAUGAGGAUGAAGUAGAAAUCAAAACUCCAAAGAACAAGUACAAUUUCAGAGGAUUCAUAAGCUCAUGCUUUGAAGAUCAUAUGCACGUCUAUAUCAAGUUUGAGGAAGAUGCCAUGAAGGAAAUUUUGGCCAAAAUUGUAAAAAAGGAAACCUGGGAUAAUGUUAAUCAAGCUAGUAGUUGCCAAGAUGUCCUGAUCUAUGUGAUUGAAUCAAUGAAAUCAUGUAGUGCUGUGUCGAGUGGAAAAACUUUGAACGAUGUUCUUCAAAGUGUUUUCAGAAAAUGUUUAAUGAGCUAUGCUGAUAUUCUCAUUCAAAAACUUCCUAAAGUUCAAAAUACCACACCAACAGAACAAAAGUCUGUCACUUCAACAAUUACCGGCUAUGUUGGAAUGACUACCAAGUUAGGUCUAUCAGCAGUACUCCCAACUGAUACAAUUACCACGGAAAAGAAGAGACUCACCGAGAAGGAGGAAAAGAUCAUCUUUUACAUUAUUCACUGUGCAGAUUAUAUUCAACAAAAUACUCAACCUUUGGAAGAAGAAUUAAGAGGAUUACUCCAAGAGCCAUACUCUGCACAAAUUGAUCUCUCUCAAGAACAAGAAAAGUUUUUAGGAAUUGUAAAGAGUGGUAUUGAAAUGCUUGUGAAUAAUUUGAUGAAUGUUUUGGAAAAGCCACUCUCUGAAAUGUUGGCUAAAAAUUGGGGAAUUAUGGAAAGUGUUGGAGAUCAAUCUGGAUAUGUUUCAAACAUUGUUCAAAAUUUGAAUGAUAUUGCGCCAUACAUUGCCAACUCACUUUCUUUGGAUAAUUUCAAAUUUUUGUGUGAUAGAUUUACAAUUACCUUUAUCACAACAUUUUUAUCCAAUAUUUACAAAUGUAAAAAGUUUUCACGAGUUGGAGCUCAUCAAAUGUUGGUAGAUGUCAAAUCACUUACUCAAUAUAGUUUGAGACGUUUACUAGUUCUGGGAAAUGAUAAGAGAUUCGAGCAAUCAGAUAUUUCUUCCUUCCAAAAGUUAGUAGACUCUAAAAUGCAAAAGAUUGAAAUUACAUUACGUGCAUUGGCAGCAGUUCCUGACAAUACCUAUGAAAUUUAUCUUCAAAUGCCUGAACAUUCUCUCCAAGAGUUGACCAAGUUAUUGGAAAUGAAGGAAAUUUCCAGAAGUGAGAGAAAUCACAUUUUGGAUCGUUAUCAAAAGGAAGCUGUAAAGAAGGAAGAAACCAAGGAUGCAUCCUACCUCUCAAUGAUUGGAACUGGUUCUGCAAAGGUUGGUAAGGCAACAGUUCAAGCAACCUCAGCAGCCACCUCUGCAAUUUUCUCUGCUGGUAAAUCAGUAAUUAACAAAUCAAUGUCCAUAAUAAAGUAA